AGAGAUCAUAUUUAUAAGCAAAGCAUUGGUCCUCAUCUACCGCUGUGAUAUCCCAACAUACACCUGAAUUAAGGAAUGAAAAUUGUGUUGUGUUCACGCUAGUUUAAGACUUAUAUAGUGCAAGUUUCUAGUCCCUGUUUCCGCAUUUUUCAAAUAGCAGUACAAGAAAGAAGACCUUUCUGCAAUGUGGAAGCUAUCAUUUGGGGCCAUAAAGAUGCAGUCACUGCUGAACGUUCUCCUUGUCACCCUGACAAUAUCAUGUUGCAUCAAUAGAGCCACGGGAACAGCCGAUGAAGAACGUUCAUCAAGACACAAGAGGAUGUUAGACAGACUAGGAAGCGGUUUCAUUAAGAGAGAGCCAGACUCCAAAAUCGACGAUCUUGUCCCCAAGCUGCGGUACUACCUAGCAAAAGCUAUCUCUGAGCAAGACGACGACAGCUCGCCAACAGAGGUCGACAAAAGACGCUUGGAUCGUUUAGACAUGGGUUUUAUCAAGAAGCGUCGACUUGAUCGUCUCUCCACGGGUUUUAUCAAGCGUGACGAUGACACAGAAUACGAAAACGAAAAUGAAGAUGGCGAAGACCAAAUGGACAAACGAUACCUUGACCGCUUAGAUUCCGGAUUCCUUAAGCGUUUUGUCCCAGGGGAAGAUAAGCGAUACUUCGACCGUUUGGGUUCCGGAUUUAUCCGGAGGAGUAAUUUUGACAGAAUCGGGUCUGGUUUUAUUAAAAGACGUUUUGAUAGACUCGGAUCCGGGUUUAUUAAACGACGUUUUGAUAGACUAAAUUCUGGACUGAUAAAGCGAAAUUUGGACCGUCUUAACUCCGGAUUUAUCAAACGACAAAGACUAGACCGACUUGGUUCUGGAUUUAUUAAGCGAGAGGAGAUGGAUAAACGAAGGUUAGAUCGCUUAGGAUCUGGUUUUCUAUGAAAACAAAAAAUAUUCAAAAUCUCGUUUAUGAUUUUAUAAACGUUGAAUCUAGAUUUGCUAUAGACAGAAAGCAGAGAUGGCGCCGAAAAAUAAGAGAUAAACAGUUAUUUUUCAUAAGAUAUUAAAAAUUGAUUGUAAUUAACACAAACAAUAAAAAAUUUCUUCGUAUAUAAAGUAUUGCGCAAUGUCAGGAAUAAACGUUAACAAUUAAAAAAAAACCCAUUUAUCAUAUUGCUGUUCGUUAUGUAUUGCAUAGGAUUGUGUAAACAUAUCAUUUUGUGUUUUUGACUGCAAUAAUUUUUAUUCUGAUGUAAUGAAAGCUAUUUUAAAAAUCAAAAACAUAAUAAAUCUUAGAAUUACCA